AUGGGGUUUAUUUUGCAGGUUUUUCAGCAGUUGACAGGGAUCAAUGCCAUCAUGUUCUACGCCCCUGUACUCUUCCAGACCAUGGGUUUCAAGAAUGACGCCUCACUCUUGUCCGCUGUGAUCACAGGAACAGUUAAUGCCAUCUCCACCUUCAUGGGCAUUGUCAUUGUUGACAGGGUUGGAAGGAAACCUUUGCUGCUCCAAGCUGCUGUCCAGAUGUUCAUUUGCCAGGUCGCCAUUGGGAUCAUUCUAUUAAAGGAUCUCCACUUAACGAACUCCCUAAACCACACAGUUGCGAUUGUCGUGGUGAUACUGGUGUGCGCCUAUGUUGCUGGCUUUGCGUGGUCAUGGGGGCCACUAGGUUGGCUCAUCCCUAGUGAGAUCUUCCCUAUAGAGACAAGAUCAGCUGGAUUUUCCUUUGCAGUUUGCUCCAACAUGCUUUUCACAUUCCUUAUUGCACAAGCCUUUCUAUCUACGCUAUGUCACUUAAAAGCCGGCAUCUUCUUCUUCUUCGCCAUGUGGAUUCUUAUAAUGGGGACUUUUGUAGUUUUUUUCUUGCCGGAGACAAAGGGUGUUCCUAUUGAUCAGAUGACAGAGAGGGUGUGGAAGAAGCAUUGGCUCUGGGCCAGGUUCAUGGCAGAGGAGACUAACAGAGUUUGAAGCCACUAAAUCAAGUUCAUGGCAAGGGAACUAAUGGAGUUCAAAGCCACAAAAUAUACUGA